UAUUGCCAAUAUUUAUUUAGUGAUGGGUAUCCUUGAAUUUAUAUGGACAUUUUUAUUAUUUUUUAUUACCUUGACAAUUUUACCAUUUAUUGGUGCAUGUUUUUUAUUUAUACAAGGAAUUCGUGCAUUAUGGAUGUACAUUUUAGUGAAUUCAUACAAAGAUAACGAUGAUUUGGAAUUUAUAGAAACAGUUAAUAUUCGUACAUCCAUGGAUUCUCAUCGGAAUAUGGGUAUUUUUACAUUUCUUGUUAGUAUUCAUGGUGAAUGUCGACCCAACUUGGUGAAGAAAAAUUUAUUUGAAGUUGUUGAUAAACGUGAUAAAUUUGGAAAGUUAAUGUAUCCUCAUUUACAACAAUGUUUAGUUUCAAUUUGGGGAGCUUAUGCGUGGAAAACAUUACCAAAUUAUCGAAUUGAAAAUAAUUUCCAUAUUGGUAAAAAUCGUUUUCGGGGACGACCAUUAACUGAACACAAUUUACAGGAAUACAUAAGUGAAACGGUAUCUAAAUACUUACCAAAUGAAUACUCACCGUGGCAAAUUGUGUUAAUUCCGAAUGUGGCUGGAAAAGAUAUGUACUACAUUCUAUUACGAAUACAUCAUUUAUUAUUAUCUGAAGAAAAGAAAUUAAGAAUCUCAGACUUAUUAAUGGUUAAACAAACUCAAUUAGAAGAAUAUUAUCCACAAUUGGACGAAAAAGAAAGAUAUGUCUUGGAACCGAAAAGUCCACUAUUGGAUAUUUUUGCACCUCCCAAAGCCAUACCAACAUUAUACAUCAAGUUAACAGAUACAUGUUCAAACUAUUGGAAUGAAUAUAUAUCAUUACAUGAUCCAUUAGAAAACAUCGAUUUAUUAAAAACAACACCAACACUGUAUCAAUUCUAUUCGAGAUGUGUUAUUGCAUUUGUUACAAUAAUACGUGAAUAUAUUAAAGAUUACAGUUCGAUCAACAAUAACUUACAGUCACGUUUGAAAUAUUUAUGGACAUUAAUAAAACGUGAAACACAACGACGACAGAUCUCAAUAAAUUUAUUUAUCGAUUCUAUUUUACAUACACUCAAUCCAAAAACAUUAUUUAUCAGUUAUAUUGCAUUUGUUUGGCGUGUUUUGAUAAUGUUCACAUUAAAAAUGCCAAUAUUAAUAUAUUACGAAGUUGCUGCAUUUGUUGAAUGUAUUGCGUUCAAAUAUUGCGUACAUACCAAUACAAUUAUUGCAAUGCUAUUCAAUUAUAUUCCGAUAUUAUAUAAUGCAUUUAAAGAAGUUAUUUAUUGCGCAUCGGUGAUAAUAAGUGCACCCAAAAUAAUUAUUAAGGAAAUCUUGUUAAAUAAAUUUUAUGCACCUCCACAGACAAUUAAAUCUUCUGGUCGUAAAGUCAUAGCAUGGACUGAAAAAUUGGAUCGACAAAUCAUUCGUACAAUAGCAAAAACAAUGAACGUUACUGAUACUGAAGUGAUAUUAAGUGUGAUUGGUGCUGCCAUCACACAAUUUUAUGGUGAACAUUUAACUAAAAUACCAGACAGUAUACCGAUAACAGCACGAAACAUCAAUAAUACAUAUUUAUACGCAAAUAAUUUUAAUUCAAAACCAAAUCGUAAAAAUGUGGGUGGUGUUGUUUGCUUAAAUUUACCAUUGAUUGCUAAUCAACGUAAAUUAGAUAAAUUACAAUGGUAUGAUUAUGUUAAUUUAAUUCAUGCGGAUUUAACGCACGCACGUUCAACACAACAAAGUUUAUUUGCGUUAUCCAAGCUACAAACCAAUUGUGGUAUAUUUACAAAAUGUUUUCCGUCAAUUGUUAUUAAACUUGUGUUAAAUUAUUUAUCAAGUAUAUAUACAAUUGCUGUUACGGAAAUGACUUCGGAUAUUAUUGAGAAACGAUAUAAAACUACAACAUGGGGAUCAGAAAUUGAUAAUAUUAUCUAUUGGAGGCCACCACAGUCGAAUAUAAGCUUAUCAUUAUGUGUCAGCUACUAUGCAGAUAGUGUUACGUUAGCUGUAAUGUCCGACUUUUUAUUGUCACCAUCGCAUAUAACAUUAAGAAAAGAAUUAAGUUAUUCAUUCAAACAAUUAACUGAAGAAUUAAACUUAUCUUAAUUAUCUCAUUUACGUUAAUACAGAUUAAAAAUACAAUUAUUUGAUAAAUCAACCCAAUGAUCAGAAUUUAUAGUGGGCAGUUUGCGGAUAUUUACAUCACUUAUAAUAAGUGACUCAAAAUUAUAUUUUGUUUGGUUCUGCAGUGAGCAAUAAGCAUUUAGCAGUAAGUCUGUUAAUAUGACUGCAAUU